GCGGAUGGGAGCCGCAGAAGCAGCGGCCGUAGCUUCACUGUAAAUGCGCAUCGGCGUCUCCAGACGCCCGCAGCCAGCCCGCUUGGUGAGACUGUGGCCGAUUUGCGGACGUGCAAAGAAAGCCACGCAACUCCUGCCCUGAAAUCACAUGUUUUUUCUUCCACCUUUUUGCCCGAGCAUCUCGCAUGAACAUGUCGUAUGUGCGCGCAGGGUUUGGGAAGUAAACACGCUGGCCCUGCGCCCACCAUCCCUUGGCCGGAGGGGAGAUUGAUACCUCGCUCUCGGGAUUUUCUUCGAUCGCUGAAGUUGAGCCGGCUGCGUGCUCCAAUGGCGUCAGUUACGAAGGUGUCCAUCCUGGAUUACUUUAAUAUCGUGUUUGAAGGUGAGAAUGGCAAAAUCGAGUCCAACUGCAAGGCUUGCGGUACGAGGAUCCAGGCGAAGCGGAGCGUCACGUCGAACUUCGUAACGCACCUCAAGAGGAAGCACCACGCCAUGUAUGAUGACUUUGUGAAAAGGAAGGAUUUGAAGAGAGAGGGCUUCUCCUCAGGUUCCGUGCACAAUUUCCCCACCAAUGGGGCGAACACCCGCUACACCCUCCCCAUCAGCACCCGAGUGGGAGUUGGAGGAGGAGGAGGAGGAGGAGGAGGAGGAGGUGGUGCAGGAGGAGGAGCGGGGACUCUAGAGGCCGGAACAGGAGGUGGCUCUGGCGGAGGGGUGACCAAGUUUGACAGACAUGACCCACGUCAGGUCCUGAUCUCCGAGGCUAUAGCAAAGAUGGUUGUGCGCGAUCUGCAGCCAGUAUCCAUAGUGGAAAACCAGGGCUUCAGAGAGCUGCUGCAGCUCCUGGAGCCCCGUUACACUCCGGAGCCACAGCACUACAUCAACAGCCAGCUCCUCCCGGCGUACGUCUACCAGGCACAGCUGGCAACCCGUCAGGCACUGGCCUCAGCGCACGCCCUCAGUCUCAGCCUGGAUCUCUGGAGGGGCUUAGCUGGAGCCACUUCAGGGUACGUCGGUGUCACCUGUCACUUUCUCACGUCUGAUUGGCAGAUGCACUCGGCUCUGCUGGCGUGCCUUCCCCUGACCGGAGGCAGCUCUGGGAACCGCGUGCUCUCCGAUUUUGAUGAAGUGUGUCACUCCCAUGGCGUGUCAGGGAGAGCAUUUCGUGUGGUCGCGGACUAUUUCCUGGCAGCAGCAACGACCGCAAAGCCGUGUUGUUUGCCCGGUUUCCUGGUUGAACCUUCUCUUGCUAACGGGCCAAACGAAGAGGGCGGGGAAGAAGUGGACAACGGUAACAAUGUGGAGGGAGGGAUCCGGAAUGGUGAUGGAGGGGAGGAAGAAGAGUGGGAGGACCUUUGGGCCCAGGGCCUGGGUGUUAGUCGCGUGGACUGCUUCUCUCGCUCUCUUGAACAGUGUGUCAGAGAGGGGUUACGCGCCUGUCCACAGAUUAUCUCCACGCUGUCCAAGGCUGCCUGUUUCUACAACUACAUUACCUCCGCCGUCCCACCUGAGAAACUUAGCCAAGUGUUUGAGGGUCCUGGGUUGAGCACGAGGGCACCAGGAAACUCCCUUCCUGUAGCCAGAGACUGGGCUGCUCAGCUCAAGGUGCUACGUCGGCUGCUGGACUCGGUGGAGUUCUUGGAGGAGGUGAGCGGUCCAGGGGAGGUGGCGCUGGGUGCUUCGGAGAGAGGCCUGCUGAGGGACCUCACUGACACGCUGGAACCCUUCACUGAGGCCUGGGACAUGGUGCAAGGGGACAGACGGGCAGACACGCGGACGGACAGACACGUGUCCAUCAGCCUGGCUCUGCCUUGUGUUCUCGGCCUUCGCAAGCAUCUCUCUGAGACCUCCACCCCCCGCUGCCCGGCUCUCCUGGUGGGCCUCAGCCAGGCUGUGGAGCGCCGGUUGGCGCCUGUCCUCGAGGACCCCCUCUACAUUACCGCCACCACCCUGGACCCCCAGUUCAAGCUCACCUGGAGCAGCAACCCCGAGUGGCACCGACAGGUUCUCAUCGAGGAGCUGUCCAAACAUUCCACGGGCUCCAGCCCCGCGGAGCCCCACACGAACCUGCACCCUCAAUCCCAGACGCCCCCCGCCGCAGCUCCCUCGCCGGCCUCCUCGCUCUCCCGGCCCUGCAAGCUGUUCUCUUUCAUCAAGCAGAGGCCCACAACGCAGGCCAAGAGCCUGGAGCAGGAGCUGGCCGUCUACCUACGGGAGGAGCCCACGGACGAGGAGGCCCUGCAUUACUGGCAGCGCAAAGCGAUCGACUUCCCUUUGCUCGCUCACGUGGCCAAGAGGGCAUUCACCAUACCGGCUUGUGGCACUGCGGUCGCGAGCAUUUUCACGACAGCAGAGCGCUGCCUGCGGCCGGAGAUAGGCCGCGUCUUGCCAAAAAACCUGGAGACGCUCAUCUACCUCAAAGCGAACUACAGAUUAUUGUGGACUUAAAGCUAGGAGUCAAGCUGUUCUUGAUGAGGACUUUAUAGGCACGGGAAAUGAUACUAACCUCUUCAAGGUUUCCUCUCAAAGGGAAACCGGCCCGGGCAGCACAGCGUGGCACUCACGCCGCACGUCGUUCCAUGUGAGAUGCGAUGAGUUAUCCAGUUGUUCAGUUGCCCUUCUAGAGAAGGCGGCCUGCAGACUGCAGUAGGUGCGGAUGGCUGUCUGUUUACCGUGGAGCCCGAAUGCGGGCUUCACUGCUACAUUCUGCGGGCCCGGAGGACUCGAUGUCUUGGACGGAUUUGUUUAAUAUUGUUUCUGAGGGAAACAACAAAACAAUGCAUAGAUGCAUCGUCCACUUAUUCUUUUCUCUUUCUGUAUGUAUGCCUCAUCACCUCGACAUCAUAAUAAAUGACUUUCACUUGCAGAGGUGCGCGCAUGCAUGUAUGUUGCAUGUUUUUUUCAUAUUGCGAAUGGAGAAAAUCUAAAAAAGGCAUAAUAUAUAUAAUUUCACCCUAAUUAUAUUUUCCUCUGCCAAUUCUUUGAAACUCUGCGUUUGCUCUGUCAGAGUGGAGGUCAAUUUCAUUUUAUUCAUCAGUAUUUUCUACUAAAGCCCAUGGAAUGGGAUUGAUCCGUAAAACUGUGUGGACGUGGCGUCAUUUUUGCUUUGUCAGAACUCAAUGAAACAUUUUGAAAUCACUCGGAAGGAGAAACUGUGAGUCUUGGCUGAGCCAGUGGGGAGGCAGCCCGGGUAGUUGCAUGUAAUUCCAUUUACAGUCAGAUUUGAGUCAGCCGGGCAGUCAGCAGUCACGUCCUACGCCGCGCUCCUUUUCUCCAUUCCAAAACCAUCUCCCUUAGGAAUAGAUGGCCACCAUUCACUUGUGAUGCCACACGCUGUCAAUUCAUUGAUCGUUUGUGAGGAAAAUCAAUGCGAAAGAUGAGUGGCUGUGAAGGAAAGGCAAUUGAUCUCAUUAUAAGGACCAUCACGAUGACUAUUACGCCUCUUUUGUCCCGGACUGCAGGACAGCUUCAUCUCAGUGUGUCUUAUUUUUGAUGUUGUUCUUCUGAUGAAGUGUGUUUUUCCUUCCUAGCUCCCGAUUGUCAAAGGAUCGGUGUGAUUUAAAACAUGAUCUCUGCAGGGUGUCCCCGCGGCUUUAGGUAGAACGCUGGAUAUAUCAGUGUGGAUGUGUCGGCCUGUUUUACUUCGAAAAGUGCUUUUGCUCAUCCCACGGGUGGUGGUGUCGUUGUUUGUGAAUGUAUGUGGAGCAGCUUGAAGUGUCCCCCCCGGCUGUGACGGCUCAUCCAUUCGAGUUAGCUGAGCAGGCUGGCCCUAUCGGUAAUGGCCCCAAAAAUGAAUCUCUUGGCAGAGAGUGAGACUGCGGGAUGAAAGGAAACUGUAAUUGAACCCUUGUGCCUACAGGGCCUGUUCUCGAUCUGCACUCAGACUCGCACAGAUACAAAUACGGACACACUCUUACAAAAACUAUUUGUCCAAUCUCCUACAUAAAGGUGCCAGGUCAUUUGUUAGAUUGAUGGUCCAUAGGCACAGGCGCGCUGUGCCACACUCUUGUAGGACGGAGACACAUAUUCGCAGGUUGGGGUUUGUAUGUACGGCCUCCUCCCCCACUCGCCGGCCUUUGUGUAUUAGUUACGUCUUAACGGGCAGCAGGACUUUUGAGUUGGCAAAAACAAGUGUGCCAAGUGACCCCCGGUUACCUUAUACACACGGGCAAACGCAGCCCAGCGUCGUUAUUAAUAACCAGGCUGCUGCUGGCCUGUUGACAGGAAAAGCCUUUUGGGAUUAAAGGGACGCCACAUGUUUUGUUUGAGGUUGUACUUUUAUACACAGAAUGUUAGUUUUCUUUCCUUACUGGGCAUCCGUGGAAAGCGCCCUAGAAAUAUGUUAGGUCUGGCCCCAUUUUCCAUCGUGCAAAACCCCACUCUUGUGUUGUUCUUUGGCCUUUAGACCGACUCGGGCAUGGAAAGAGGGGGGGGGGGGCGGGGUGUGU